AUGCGCGGCAGCCCCUCUAGGAAGGGCAAACCCUCGAUCUUCAAGGAGAUGUUUCCAGACGCCGGUGCCGGCCACGAGACCUUGAGGACCGAUCGACCGAGACGCCCACGCGACGAUAUAUUGGCCAAGGAGCCGCCCAUUCAGCGAGAGCUCCUGGGCAAGGAUGAUCUGCGCGCGUGGCUCGAGGCACAGAGCCAUGGCGAGGAAGAAGGCAUCAACGCUCGCCCGGAGAAGGACGAGAUGCCGGCGAUGCUCAUCUUGUCCAAUGCCAGCAAGCAUCUCGCCGAGGCCGACUUUUACCGAAUCGGUCGCAAGGGCGAGCACCUCCAAGGCUGGAACACGACCAUCAAGAGGGUCAUCCACCUCCACGACCGCAACACCCUCGCCCCCUUGGACAGCUACUUCAUCCUCUUCACCUCGCGCGCCGCCGCCCGCGCCUACCAGCGCGAGGCCGAGCAGCUCUACAGCCGCGCCCGCGUCGACGCCGCCAAGCAAGACCUCACCCCGGCCCCGCCCGCCGACGACAUGCCCCCCUUUACGCUGGCGCCCCCGUCCCCGGCGCCCCUGAACCUCAAGCUCUACGCCCUGCCGCCAAGCACCGCCGCCCGCCUCGGCGCCUUCACCCUCGCUAAGACGCUGCCCGCCCCUGAGAAGUCCGUCGAAGGCGCGCAGAGGGUCGUCGUCUCGCUGCAGGGCGGUGCCCUGCCGCCGGCCGCGUUCUGGGGCCUCGUGCGGCGAGACGGCGAGGAGAGGAACCUGGCGUGGGACGUGCUUGAGAUGCAGCCGUACUUUGCGCAAAAGGCCUUUUCGUCUUCUGCCAGUCACCAGAAUGGCAGCAUACCACGCGACAAGACGAAGAGAAAAAAGGAGAAACAGGACAAAGCCGCUACCGAGAGUACGACCGAGACACAGACGGCGGAGCAGCGGGCGGCAGAAGAGACGGCGAUGACGAACGCGCCCGCGACGGACGACCCCAAGGGCAAGACGCACGCCAAAUCAGCGCGGUUCGUGCUCUCUUUCAAGGACGUGCACGAGGCGCGGCGGUUUGCCAGGUCGUGGCACAGGAGGGAGUUUCCGCUGUCGCCGCCCCGGCAGGGUCGGGACAAGGGCCGCGUCGGGCAGUGCGUGACGGCCAACGUGGCGGUGCCGUGGUGAGAAGGAUAUUUGAGAUACCCCUUGGAAACAAAUCAUACCCAGCUUCUUUC